UUCCGCUUCCGGCCCCGGCUCUGGGCUGGCUGUCAGGAAGGUGUAGCUUUUUGCUUUUUGCAAAGGUGAAGGUGUGAUUUAUCCGGGCUCCCACCUCCGAGGCCGCCGGGAACGACUCGGCGCUGUCAUUCGUGCACCCGUCCAGGCAUACGUGCACGCGCUGAAUGUGUACGUGGAGGGAAUUUACAACAAUAAUCGAUGCCGAGCGUUUGUUGGGUUCCAGGCGGCGUGCAUAGCUCACCUCUUUUCACUCGCUCAGCAAUCCCAUGGCACAGAGGAUAAUGACUGUAAGAAUAUGGAAGAAUCACAGGAAACCCACAUAUCCAAGUACUUAGAUGAAAUCGUGGCUGCCGUCAGCAUCACGCCGAGAAGGAAGUUGGCCAACAGGCUGCCUCAGACGGUUCUCUUCCAGCCUCCCCAAGAGAAACUCCAGCUCAGUGAAGAGAAAGCAAAGUUCUACUCCAGCCGACAUGAGCAUAAGCAGGCGAUCCAGGAGCUCGUACGCUGCGUAGCGUUGACCAGGAUCUGCUAUGGCAGCUGCCAUUGGAAACUAGCAGAGGCGUACGUUAAUCUGGCUCGAGGCUACCUUCAGCUGAAAGGACUGUCCCUGCAGGCCAAACACCACGCAGAGACAGCCAGAGAAGUCCUCACCAGCUCCAUCGGGCCGCCCUAUGAGGACAACACGGAUGUGUUCAGGUGUUCCAUCGAGCUGUUUCACACCCUGGGGAGUGCCCUCCUUGCCCUUCAGAAAUUUAAGGAGGCCGCAGAGAACUUGGCGAAAGCAGAGAGGCUCUCGAAGGAGCUGCUGCGAUGUGGGAGGAUCACAAAGGAGGAGUGGAUAGAAACCCAAGCUCGGAUCAAACUGUCAUUCGCACGGAUGUAUCAGGGCCAGAGGAAAUGGGAGGAGGCCCUGCCCCACUACCAAGAGGCUCUGGAGCACACGGAGAGCAGCCAAGGGGAGAAGAGUCUGGAGUGCGUGCCGGUGCUGCGGGCGCUGGCGGACGCCGAGCGGGCCCUGCGGCUGCACAGCGCGUCCCUCAACCACUUCCUGCAGGCGCAUCUCAUCGUCCUGGGCGCAGAGCGGUCCGGAGAGGAGGCCGGGGCGUCCGCCCACUGCGUGGCCAGCGCCGCCGCGGCUUCCGGGCGGCCGGAGCACCACGAUGUGGCCGAUCGGUACUUCCGGGAGAGCCUGGCCCACCUGAGGGACGCGGAAGGGGUGGGGAGAGCCAAGUUCCUCUCGGUUCAGGAUGAGUACUGCCAUUUUCUGCAAGGCGCCGGGCAGGAGGAGAGAGCGACCUCGAUCCUCAGGGGGUCCCUGGAGGCCAAAGUGAGGGUGUUUGGCGACGUCAGUCCCGAGGUGGCAGAGACCUACCGGCUCCUGAGUGGCGCCGACCUGGCCCAGGGGAACCACAGCGGGGCCUACAAGAAGCUGAACAAGCUGUGCUGGAGAAGGAUGGUGGUAGCUUGCUCCAAGACAGUGGCCAGGGGAUGGAGCAGAGUCGUGGGGGAGUCGAGGGGUGUCGAUAAGGAUAGAGAGCUCACGGCACUUGGCAACACAGAGUGUCUCCAGAUUCAGACCCUCUUGUACGGACCACAGGACCGGCGGACGCUGGCCACCCAGCAGGCCCUGGACGUGCUGUCCAAGGCCCCCGAGAUGGCCACCGUGAAGCUGAGAUCGGCCUCGAGAGCGAGAGCCAGAGCCAAGCCGGCCUUCUGCACCGGCAAGGCCCAGCAUGCAGCGCCCUGGAGGGCCAGGCCCCACGCGGCGGACUGAGACGCGCACCGCACCCCGAGGACAGCUGGGCAGGCCCGGGCGCCGGCUGCACAGCCCCCUCCCCCACCGGGAGGUGGCGCCAGCGGGCACCGUGCCGGUCCUGAGGCAGGCCGGGGCCCCACGUCUCCGGGCCCCGCUGGCAGGGCAUGGCCGCGGCCCCCGGUGCUCCCAUAAGCAGCUUCCUCGUUACCUCCGAAGCGGUUCUUUGUGCCAACCAACGCCUUUCCCCAUCAGCACGCUCCUCUCCAGGAGGUCAAGGCUUCCCACCUCACUGCGCACACAGCCCUCAGCCCCGGUCGGGGGUCCAACUUGGAGUCCAGUUCUGGAAAAACUGGGACUUUCUCACAGGAAGGCGAUGGGAUGGAGAAUAAAACACUGGCAAAAGGA